CGACAUUUCUUGCAAAAGUUGUUGCAAGUUGCUACAUUUUAACUCAGUUUACCCGAGUGUCUGUAACGUUGUUUAGAAGGACUGCAUAUAAAGUUCACGGAUUUAUACUUUUGAUUUCGCUAGCUAAAUUAAUUGUUGCUAUUUUACAAAAAAAUCAUGUUAGUGUACCUAUCUAGCUAGCUAGCUAUAGCUUGUGUAAAACUAUUGUGAUGUGUGACCGAAAGCGUUUUAGGUAGCCUCCUGUCUAAUUACGUAUUUGAGCUUUUUUGUGAUCUAGAAAUGACUAAAACACAUCCUAUACAGUUUUUCCGCAUAUAUACUGCAUACCUACAACAAAAGCAACCUUAGAUGGAUUUGCAAGAUUAAAGCAAUAGGCCCGACCAUAAUUAAAUGUAAUUCAAAUUGUGAUUUAACGGACAGCGUUAACGGUUCAAAUCUUUUGCUAUGUAAACUGACUAGUUAACCUAACUGAGUAAAUACGGGACCAUCUUUAUAUAGCUCUGGGUAAAUAGAGGACCACCAGUCGUAGGAAGGUAACACAAAUCGAGGAUCAAAGCUCAUUUGGUAGCUAAGGGGCAUACAGUUCAAAAGUGGAAAUAUUCAGUUCAAGUCAAAUCCCUGGAUGUGUGAAUAUGAGAAAUCUGAAGGGAUGCACUGUGAUCAUGCAGCAUAUGUUGUAUGCAUCCAAAUGGCUUGGGAUUCUUCCGUCAUCCGGUAGUUGCUCUUGCUCUGUUUCCUUGCUCGUACGGAAGCUGUCCUCGGUGUCUGGAGCCGCUCCAAAAGUUUGCAUAGUGGGAGGUGGCCCGGCCGGCUUUUACACAGCACAACAACUCCUGAAGGCCCGGCAUGACAUAGUUGUGGACAUCUACGAGCGGCUGCCUGUGCCGUUUGGGCUGGUGCGUUUUGGAGUGGCUCCAGAUCACCCGGAGGUUAAGAACGUCAUUAACACCUUUACACAGACAGCCCACAGUGAGCGCUUCUAUUUCCAUGGCAACGUGAAUGUGGGGAUGGAUAUCAGUGUUGAGGAGCUGAAGGAAGCCUAUCAUGCUGUGGUGCUUAGUUACGGUGCAGAAGGGAAUCGCUCUUUGGCAGUUUCAGGGGAAGAUUUGAUUGGUGUGUUCUCAGCCAGAGACUUUGUGGGAUGGUACAAUGGACACCCCAGUAACAAGGAGCUCCACCCAGAUCUAAACUGUGAGACAGUGGUGAUUUUGGGACAGGGCAAUGUGGCACUGGACAUAGCCAGAGUCCUGCUGUCUCCACUGGACAUGCUGAAGAAGACAGAUAUUACCCAACGUGCACUGCAGACUCUUGCAGCCAGUCGCGUCCGCAGGGUUUUAAUGGUGGGACGAAGGGGGCCUCUGCAAAUUGCAGGCACCAUUAAGGAGGUGCGAGAGAUGAUUAACCUGCCUGGUACCAAAGCUGAUCUGCUUCCUGUUGACUAUGACGGCAUAGCUGAGGCUCUGAACGACCUCCCAAGGCCAAGGAAAAGGUUGACAGAGCUCAUGAUAAAAACAUUGAAAAUGGAGGAUGGUGGACAGGAAGUAAGCAAGCUGGGGAUCCGUUUCCUACGAAGUCCUGUGAAGGUGCUCCCAGGGGCUGAUGGGAAAAGAGUUGCAGGAAUUCGUUUGGCUGUUAAGAAGCUUGAGGGCUCAGGGGAGGGGGCUCAGGCAAUACCCACAGGCCAUACAGAGGACCUGGAGUGUGGGAUGGUUAUCUGCAGUAUUGGCUACAAGAGUCUACCUAUCGACCCAGCCGUGCCCUUUGACCCACGCAGAGCCAUAGUGCAGAACAACUUGGGCAGAGUGCAGGGUACAGCGGGGCUGUACUGCAGUGGCUGGUUAAAGCGUGGUCCAACUGGUGUGAUUGCCACCACUAUGAAUGACAGUUUUGAUACAGCAAGAAUUAUACUGAAUGACCUGGAGGCAGGAACACUGGACAUGUCCAUCCACAAACCUGGUGCUCAAGAUAUAACAGCCUUACUGAAGGCACGAGGAGUGAGAGAAGUAUCCUUCUCUGAGUGGGAGAAAAUAAACUCUGAGGAGGUGCGGAGGGGAGAAGCUUUGGGAAAGCCCAGGGAGAAGCUUCUCGAUGUGGAAGAGAUGCUAGCAGUAGCCUGGUCCUGAUCAUGCCUUCAAGAAUCCUGCAAGAAUCCUUGAAGGCUGAACUACAGGGCAUUUGAGGCACAUAACCACAAGUCAGAUUAGGAGCAUGUCCAUGUCUUACACCGACUCCCAGUAUUAGUCCUGGGGAUUGACUACCAUGCCCUUU